AUGUGCUUUAAACGAAACAGUUUGAUAUUGAAAUUUAAUAUAAAAAAUAAUUUGAAGAAUGGAGUUUACCUUAUUUUAUUCAUUAUUGCUGCAGCAUUUUUGAUACUUAAUAUAGUUGGAAACAUGAUUUUUGGGAUGUUUACUGAUACAAGUGUUAAAGGGAAAGUGACUCCUUGUGAUAAACAAGAUUGGAGUUUGUGUGCUGAGUGCAACUGUUUGCGUCCACCCCGUGCAUGGCAUUGUGAUACUUGUAACAUAUGCAUUUUAAAACGGGACCAUCAUUGUACAUUCUUUGCUUGUUGUAUUGGAUAUUUUAAUUAUAGAUAUUUCUUAAUGUUCACACUGGAUAUAUUUGUGGCAAUGUUAUAUGCUUUUUAUUAUAAUGUACAAUUUUUAGCACAAUUCAUAUCAUGGAAUCAUGGCCUUAUUAUUAUUAAAUUUCUAUUUCCAUUGGCCAGUUUUGUUAUAGAUUUUGGUCUGGAGAGUGUUUAUGUAUUUUUGGUUUUGAUUAAUUUAUUAGUAGCAUUGUUUACAGGUUUCUUAUUUUUCUAUCAUUUUAACAAUGUUUUAAAUGGAAAAAUUACACCAGAAAAUAAAAAUUCUUCAAAGUCUGUUUAUAAUAAAGGUUGGAAGAGUAAUUUAAUAGAGGUAUUAGGUGCCAGGUGGCACUUAACCUGGAUAUCACCAUUCAUUUAUAGUCCUCUGCCUGGUAAUGGCUUUGAAUGGAAUAUUGAUGAUAAAAUGCAAUAAAUAAAUGAUCCAAUGUCACGUUAGAUAGAUGCAAAAUAAUUAAAUUAUACAAUUGACCAAAAUUAAUAUUUGAUAAUGAAAUUUUUAAAAUUAUGGUGAAUGAA